AUGAUCUUGCAGAAACUAGAUCAUGAGACGAUAUGUUCUUUCCUUAAUUACUAUCGAAGGAUGAAAUUUAGGAGUCUUUCAUUGUCAGAGAAGCGUAAAUUUAUUGAUUUUCUGAUCAAUUUUCUGUGUUCACUAGAUGGAAGCUUCUUUUCUUUCAGAAGUCUAUGUAACAUGCUUCAAGCAUCCUUUUCCUUAAAAAUCACAAAAAGUUCCAUGAAGAAAUUAGAAUGUCUGAUUGGUUCUAGGUUGGAUGAAGCUACACUGGACGAUUUACUAGUCCCAUCUCGACCCAAAAAGAGCCAUGCUUACGACGUCAAUUUAGUCAUCAGAUUCUUGAAAAUAUUUCUCGAAGAAAGCAGGAAAAAUUUAGCCAUAAGUCUUUUGAAGAAAGUUUCUCGUUUGAUGGAUUUGUACAUCGCACAAGUCGCUCCUGAUCCUCAGCUUAAACCUUCCAAGUUUCGCGCAUUAGUCUUCGCCCUGCCUGAUUCUGUGAGAGACUCUCAUGACAGACUUUAUGAAGCAAUGGACAUGUAUUUUCUGGCUCAGAACUAUCUAUGUGAAGAAGAGAAAAUAAAAAUCUGUUGCGCACUGAAUUGCGACAAGUUAUCAUUGGAUUCUCUUAUACAUUUAUCCCAUAAUGAAAAUUUUCCAGCGAAGGUGAAGAAAUGUAGGAAAAAGCAGGUGAAAGCAGCAAAUGCUAAGAAAUUUGAUGUAAACUCUUCAAACAAUGGCAGAUCAUUGCCUAGACUUUGUUCAUGA